AUGUCAGCCAAUCCAAAUUUGUUGGCCUUUUUGGACAAAAAAAUAUAUGAACUUUCAGAAUUGACCAAAACUUCUUUGGCCAGUAAAAUUGCUAACACUGGCACAGUACGGCAAAACGAGUGGGAUACCUUGGCCCAAAAGGAGGAUGAAAAGGGUCCAAUCGCAAAGCUCAUUGCUUUUAUGGCCCCGAAGAACCUUGAGGAUGCAAUCGAAAGUGCAAGGCAGACUAAAGAUACUCCUGUGACCCCAGAAAUAAGACAAGUAAUAAUAUUACUUGCUUUAGAUGUAAAAGGGUGGGACAUAUAUCCCGAGAUUGUGUAUCUAAAAAGAGGAUGUGGAAAAUUUUUUGAGUCCCCGUAA